AUGGAUGGAGCAGCAGUGGUCAACAUCAUUAGGCCUACAGGGACUGAAAGAACAUUCUCGGGGUAUGCUACAGCAACUUUUGUCCCCUACGUCAUCGCUCAGCUUCGCCAUGUAAAACGUGUUGACAUUGUGUGGGAUACGUACAAAGAGAACAGCCUAAAAGCCACUACUCGUAGUCUUCGUGGAGCAGGAUUAAGGCAACGCGUCGCACCAGACAACCAACUACCAAGAAGCUGGAAAGAUUUCCUUCGUGUUGACCAGAACAAACAAGAGCUGUUUCAGUUCCUCGCACAAUGUGUCACCUCGAAUGACUCAGAGCGCCAAGUAAUAUCAUCACAUGGGGAACAAGUUUUAAGCAGCCAUCCAUGUGACGAUACAGCAACUUUAGCUCACUGA